AUGGCAACAGCCGGGAGGCCGUCAAGAACUGCGCUGUCGCUGCCAGCUCCGUCCUGCAACCUCGCCGCCGCCUGCUGCUUCGUCCUGCUUGUCGUCCCCAUCCUCCUCACGGAUCAGCAAGUGGCGGUGGCCGAGUCCCUGUCAAUCGGCGUCAACUACGGGCAGAUCGCCAGCAACCUGCCGUCGCCGGAGCAGGUGUCGUGGCUGCUCCGGUCGAUGCGGAUCAGCAAGGUGAAGCUGUACGACGCGGACCCCAACGUGCUGCGCGCGUUCCUGGGCACGGGCGUGGAGUUCGUGGUGGGCAUCGGCAACGAGUACGUCCCGGCGAUGGUGAGCCCCGCGGCGGCGCAGGCGUGGCUGCAGCAGCACGUGGUGCCGUACCUCCGCGCGGGGGCGCGCAUCACCUGCGUCACCGUGGGCAACGAGGUGUUCAAGCAGGGCGGCAGCAACGACACGGUCCUCCAGGCGGCGGUGCUCCCCGCCAUGCAGUCCGUGCACAGGGCGCUGGGCGCGCUGGGGCUCCAGGGCCGCGUCAACGUCACCACGGCGCACUCGCUGGACAUCAUGGGCGUCUCCUUCCCUCCUUCCGCCGGCGCGUUCCACCCGGCCGCGCUGGCGCACCUGCAGCCGUUCCUGGGCUUCCUGUCCGCGACGCGGGCGCCGUUCCUCAUCAACUGCUACCCGUACUUCGCGUACAAGGACGACCCGGCGCGGGUGCCGCUGGACUACGUGCUCUUCCGGCCCAACGCCGCCGGCGUCGUCGACGCCCGCACGGGGCUCCGCUACGACAACAUGCUGUACGCGCAGGUGGACGCCGUCUACGCGGCCAUCCAGGGGCUCGGGUACACGGACGUCGAGGUCAAGGUGUCCGAGACCGGGUGGCCGUCGCGGGGCGACGCCGACGAGCCAGGCGCCACGCCCGAGUACGCGGGGACCUACAUCCGCAACCUGCUGCAGCGGAUCGAGAUGAAGCAGGGCACGCCGCUGCGCCCGGCCACGCCCGUCGACGUCUACGUGUUCGCGCUCUUCAACGAGAACCUCAAGCCCGGACCGGCGUCGGAGAGGAACUACGGCCUCUUCUACCCCAACGGCACGCCGGUGUACAACGUCGGCCUGCACGGCUACCUCCCGCCGAUGCUGGUGUCGUCGUCGACGGCAGCACGACAGACACUGAGUGAGAUGCCGAGUGGCAUGGCCAGGUUAGGCAUGGUCGCAAGGAAUAGGUUCUCCACCACGGAAAAGGGAGGAUGCCGCAAUCAGUAG